AAACUAGAAGCCGGCGGGAACAUCCUGGAGAGCAGCCGGUUCGCUCGUGGCAGCCUAAGUUUCCUGCCCGCAGAGAGCUAAAAAAGGACAAAGGACAUACACACAGCCAUGGACUGGGGAUCGCUCCAAGCCAUCUUAGGAGGUGUAAACAAACAUUCUACGAGCAUUGGGAAGAUCUGGCUUACUGUCCUGUUCAUUUUCCGCAUCAUGAUUCUUGUAGUAGCUGCAGAAAAGGUCUGGGGAGAUGAACAACAAGAUUUUAAUUGUAAUACUCUACAACCAGGAUGCAAAAAUGUCUGCUAUGAUGAGAAAUUCCCCAUUUCUCAUGUUAGACUCUGGGCUCUGCAACUCAUUUUUGUGUCCACUCCUGCACUUUUGGUGGCAAUGCAUGUUGCCUACAGAAAGCAUGAAAAGAAACGACGGUGCAGAGACAAAACUGACAUUGAAAAUCUGAAAUGGCAAAAGUUUCAUAUUGAGGGCCCCUUAUGGUGGACAUACACCAGCAGCAUUUUCUUCCGAAUUGUCUUUGAAGCUGUCUUCAUGUAUACAUUUUAUUUCAUGUAUGAGGGGUACACAAUGCCACGCUUAGUGCAAUGUGAAAGUUGGCCUUGUCCAAAUAAAGUAGACUGCUUUGUUUCCCGACCUACUGAGAAAACCAUGUUUACUAUUUUCAUGCUGGCUGUGUCAGGUAUCUGUAUUCUCUUGAAUGUGGUGGAGUUGUCUUACUUAGUGCUCAAGUUUUGCAUGAGAAAACCUAAAAACAUCAAAUCUCUGCCCAGCCAUUAGACACUCAUGCACCUCAUUUUGCAUUGAUUUCAGAAAAUGGUCAACAAAAUUUCUAGACUCCUUGACUAUUAUAUGAUGCAAUUAUUUAAGGGCCAUUUUGCUCUGACCAAUAUUAACACCAAUGUCCACAACAAAGCAGCACUUAAUUCUUAUUACAUGAAACUACUCCAAGUUCUUCCUGUUGCUGAAAGGAGCUU